CACACCACCAUGAGACCAGGGGACAGCUUUUAUUACCAUGUGUGUAACACGGUGGAAUUAGUAAAAGGGCGCGCGUGGAUACUCAGGAGGGAACUGAUGACCAUACUUAAGCUGCACAGCAAACAUGAACCUCACAGUGUUACGCUGUUAGUGCCCGGGACCGCAACAAGGAUGAUACAUGUGCGAUGCACCGAGCCCCAGCGAAUAUACGAGCUGUUCAAGAAGUAUGGCCUGACAUGCUCCAAUGUCUGGGAUUCCAGAACCUCCCUGUCUGCCACGGCUCCUUGUACAGCACUGUGUGACCUCAACAUGACCACAGUUAAUGUGAACAGGAUCGCGGAGAAUGAUGCCUUGGGCCAGGAACCUGAGGUGUCCAAUUUCUACCACAACAUGAAAUGCAUCCGAAUACAAGCAAAGCGAGACGCGCUGAAACACAGACCCUACAACUGCCAUCAGCCAGUGUUGACGGAACCUGCUCGAAUGAGACUCAGCCCGACUGCAUAUCAGUUGCCCUGUACUACUACGAUCGAAUGGCCAAACUGGGAGAUGUCAUCAAGUCCGAAGGUCGGUUCGUACCGUCUGUCCAGUAUUCAAAUCCAGAGGAGUGGUCUGGGGAUAGAUAUGUGUUGGAACUGGAACCAGACAACAACGUGAUCAUUACGGGUAAGAACACAACAAUCUAUAUCCAUUUGGUGUAACAGUAACUCUUAUUGCCAGAGAUGUACACUAAAAGUCCACAAAUGAAUUCUCAUGUUUCUUAUCCUAAAGGCGCGGUGCUCCCGGACGGCUCGAAUGCUGAGACAACGCAUGUGGAACCUUACACAUGCCCCUACUGUCUCGAAGACGCAAAUGCGUACCUUGAAUGCGGACACCUGUGUUGUGUGUCCUGUACAAGAAGAGCUAAGAAGAAGAAUUCUCUGGCCUGUGGUGUUUGCAAGAAAGAAACCACCUCUUACAGACCCCUUGAAAUACCACAGAACUUCGAGUCUACGUGCUUCGCAUGCUGCAAAGGGAAAGAGUGGGUCACAGAAUGUGGCCAUUUAAACUUAUUUUUCCGGCCAAACAUGUUAUAGUCCAAUGCCAGCUCGUUUGACAGAAUGUAUUUCAUUAUUCGCCUAGUUGCAUCAUCUACAUUUGUGCCCCCUAUAUCUGCCACCAUGGCAACCUAGGGAUGAGAGUAAAAAGGAGGGAAAAAAAGGCUUACAUGAACUGCCAAGACAAUAAGCUUCAAAGAUUUAAAAAUUCAGCCAUAAAGUAAACUAAACAUUUGAAGUUGUAGCCUUUGUGUAAUUUACUGUAAUGUAAUACAUAUUUUUAUUUUGUAGGCUAAUGCAAAUCAAUUUGGAAAACCAAAAAAAUAACCAGCAGAGAUUAGACUGCGGUCCCCCAGUUGCUCCUCAAGCGCCUCAACAUCUGCU